AGGUCGCUGCUUCUUCUGUUCAGAACAAUUUGUAACGAGGGAAAACAAAUGGCAGACAAAGACAAGUAGAGUUAUUACAGAGAGACCCUCCGAAAUACAGGAAGCCGCUGCUACAAAAGAAAAAAAGCCGUCGGCUUUCACGCUCAAACCGCGGGAGGUGAAAAAUAGACUUUUGUCAGUUCAAAAUGGCAUUUCAAAAUGAUCCAUACGUUUUUUUUUUUAAUAUUUGCAAAAGAAUUUAGGCAAACAGAUGAUCGGUGUCAGACACAAGCCACGUUAUUUGCAUGUUUUAUUUUCUCCCAUUCCUACCAUGGCUUCGGAAAAAAACUCACUUGGUUGUAAAUUAAGAGGUCUUCCCCGACGCGAUAAUUAGUACAUAACCCGACACGGCCAAGCGCCGCACGUGAGAAGAAAGCCAUUUGUGCAAACACUUAGAAAGCAGAAAAGACAAAAGUAAGAGGAAAGAUCAACUAUCAGCGAGUCGUUGAGUUGAUAAGAACAGCCGAGGCAAGAGAAGAGGACACUUUGAUAGGUGCAUUUCAUAUCAGAAUAUCGUCACGAGUUCCAUCGGCUAUCGUUAGACUAACGGGGACGCUCUCAAACGCGAGUAAAAUACCAAUGAUCCAAAAUACUCGUGUACUCAAUGCCAUCGUUGUCAUCACAGGCAGUGGAAUAAGACAUCAAAUCAAAAGUAAAGUCACGAAAGGAACAAUAGCUGCAUUUUCUGCGUCAUAAUUGCCGUUAACAGUAGCCAUCUACAAAGUAAAAAAUAAAACAGCAACAAUAGCUGAAUUAACAAAGAAGCGCCUCCAACAGCAACAGGAACAGCGAACAGCGAUAGCAGUUGUCAUUUGCUUCUUCCAUAUCAUCGUUGCCCCCGACAGUAGCAUCAACAAGGACAACACGAGCAGCGACACAACAGCGAUAACAACAACAACAUCGCAACCUAUCAACACCAGUAACAACAGCAUCGCACCUGUAACAACAAGAAAACGUCAUAUAUAAGCCUAGGUGCUGGAAGGUAUAAUAAGGUGUCACUUAUAUCAGGUAUAAUUUAAAAAAAAACAUUCAUAUGCAUUGUCGUCAUGAAUAAUUCAACUGGUGCGACACCCGAAAUAGACUUCCUAACUCACUCGCAGAUCGCCCUCAACGUCAUCUACUCGAUCCUAGUCAUUAUCGGCACGAUCUUUAACAGUCUAGUUCUCUCUGUUGUCUGCACUACCAGGCGACAGCGGACUGCUAACGAUGUCUUCCUAAUAUCCCUGGCUACUGCAGACCUUUCCUACAUUUAUAUAGUCGUCGCCUUCUUCUUCUGCAACACUUAUUUUGUGGGUCCAAAGCAUCUCAUUGUCUGCAAGACGGUACUACCGCUAAUAUCCGUGCCGUACACAGCUGGGAUAUUUACAAUCGUUUCUAUGGCAAUACAACGCUGCCACGUGAUCUUGAACCCCUGGAGGCCGAAGGCCAAACCACGUGUGAUUAUUGUCUGGGUAAUUGGAAUAUGGGUCGCGGCAAUUGCGAUAAUUUUCGUGCCGCUCUCUUUGCUGGCCUACUCGGGAAAAGCCUACUGCGACAUUGGUUGGACUUCAGUGCUCAUGUUCAAGGCUUACCUGCUGACACUAUCUGCAAUCCAGUAUUUUAUCCCGGUGCUGAUAAUAGCCUUCGCGUAUAUACGGAUGGGACUCUACCUCUGCAAGCCAAGAAUACCGAGGGAUAGUGUCAUAUCAAGAGGAAAUCGCUGUCUACAUCCUCGUGAGGAGUCCAAAUCGGAGAGUAUACAAAUUGCCAAAUCUCUCGGAGCGAUUGUCGUAUUGUUCAUCGUUAUGUUUCUACCGCAGCAAGUGUCACUCUAUGAGUAUUUGUUUGGCACAAACACAAAAUGGGUACUAUACUAUCAGAGGUAUGCUGAUCUGGUCAGCAUAUCUCACAGCUGCCUUAAUCCAAUACUGUACGGAGGGCUGACCAAGCGCUUUAGACACAGGUUCCGUGAGUGGCUCAAGUCGUUAUGUGUGUGUUUUCGUCAAGGUUUUCCCAGUCGUCGCACCUCGCCAGUUAUGUCUUCCACAGAAUGGACUUAUAACCUUAGAGACACUUGGUGGACACAAAACCUAAGAGACACAGGGAGCCCAACGAUAUGCAUGAUACGUGACGAAACAGUUACAACACCAUUGUAGAUUCAGGUCUAUAUAGAACCAACACCAUAAAUUGCAAUAUAGCAUCUCUUAAAUAUUUUAACAUUGUGACAAACCUGAUGAAAAUCUACUAGAUUUUUUUUCUUUUCCCGGGUACCUGUUAGAUUACCACGUUCCAAGCAGCUCCAUGCGUAAGAAAGAUAUAAAUACUUCUGGUUAUUUUGUAAACGGUACAGAUUACUCGCAUUGGAAAAAUUUCCGAAAAAUGUGAAAUUGCUUGAGAGGUAGAAAUUCCGGAAAAUCGUGUACCAUUUGCAGUUUUCCAUAUUUGACCGAGGCCCCCAUCGGCCAGGACCGCAAAAGUGGAAUUUCUGCGUUCAGAAUCAAAUGGUAAAUAAGUCACCCCGGAAAUUCUGGAAUAUAGAAAACUUUUUCUUACCAUUAUGACAUUCCGGAAAAAUCUGGGAUCUCAUUCCAGAAUUUUCGAUUAAAUGGUAAACAAUCCUCGUGACGACAAAUCGCCAACCUCAGGAAAACCGAAAAGAGCGCCAUAGGGCCUGGGGCGAUGUUUCGCCAUGUCUGCAUAGGGUUGUGUGUUAGUAUGCCCAAUGUCAAUUCGUAAAAGGAGAAUCAGUUAUCAAGGGCGGAACCAGGAAUUUUUUUUCAGAGAUGCGGGAUGGGAAAGUUUCAACAUAAGGUCAAAUCGACAGAGCAAAAAAAUGGCAUAAAAUUUUCCAAUUCUUAUAAGCUCAGGAUUCCGCAUACAAGGAUUUCCCCAAGUUUUAAAGAAAUCUAGAAGAUAUGAAAUUUAGAUAUUAGCGAGCAAAGUUGGCUUAAUUUCUGAUCAGAGCCCGACAUCUCCUUAAAAACGAGGAGAAUUAAUACUUUGAACAUUUGAAAAUUGCACCUCAAGCCUCAUAUAUCGAAGAUGAAUCCCUUAGAAAAAAAAAACGCUUUGUGAUAUGUUGGUUCGCAUAACUAAGGAACCUCUAUGCACAAACUCGAGCUUACCGAAGUUAACCAGACCUUAUUUUGGUGAAACUUGCGAUUUUUUUUGCUCUGUCGGUCAAAUCAAUAUAUCGUACGUUUGUGAAUAGUACCCAGCUCCCUUUAUCGGGAUUUGUAACUCGUUCCUAAGCCUCCUGAAUGAUAAACAAAUGUGAUAGACGAGUUUAUGGAUUGCUUCUCUAAGCAAUUCAAAAUAAUUUGUUAUUGUCUACCUGUUUUGGCGUUUAUAGAAGGGAAAAUAAAUGCCAACUUAGCAAA